AUGAGUGUUUAUUCUGAGCUAGCAAACUCUUUAGACUGCGUUCCAUUGAAAACCCCCAAACCAACAGAUAUUGAAUUACUGAAAGAUUUUUCGAAAAGAAAUACCCCACAGGUGUCCACUCCACAAGGAAACAAUAGUCAUGAUAAACUCGUCGGCAGUCACUUUUUCGAUUUACCUGCAAUUGACCCCAAGAUAAGUCAGCUGAAGCCAUGGAAGACCGAUUCAAAGUACUUUAACAAGUGUAUGAUUAGCUCCUUAGCAUUGAUGAAGAUGACAACACAUGCCCAAAGUGGUGGAUCGAUUGAAAUUAUGGGGAUGUUGAUAGGGAAAAUCGUUGACAGAUCAAUUGUUGUGAUGGAUACUUAUCGAUUACCAGUUGAAGGAACAGAAACUAGAGUCAACGCACAAGGUGAAGCCUAUGAAUAUAUGGUGCAGUAUUUGGAAUUGAUUCAGAAGAUUAAAAAUGGCAGCAAGCCAAGUCAGGAGAACAUUGUUGGAUGGUAUCACUCACAUCCUGGCUAUGGGUGUUGGUUGAGUGGAAUCGAUGUCAGUACACAAGAAUUGAAUCAAAACUUUCAAGAUCCGUAUUUGGCAAUUGUUGUUGAUCCCGUAAAGACUUUGAAACUGGGGAAAGUUGAUAUUGGAGCGUUUAGGACAUUACCUGCAGCUUUCAUUGAAGGUGAUGGUAAUAAUGAUGGCGAAUCAAGAGCUGCUCUACUGAACUCCCCAAAAUCAAAACGACAAGAGUUUGGCAGUCAUGCUAGUCGAUAUUAUUCGUUGGACGUGGAGAUUUUUGAGAAUGAGAAAGAUGGUGAUAUGUUAAAGUUGUUGCAAAAGCAAGAUGCAGUUGACUACGAUGGAUGGAUGAAGAAAUUAGCUGUUGAUGAGGCAGAAUCAGUUAGGGCACACUAUGAAGAUUCAAGUCUUCCAUCAUUGGAAUAUUUAGAUAACUUUGAAUUUGUGGAGGAUAAUGAAACUAGUACCUUGAAGGAGGUCAUAAAGAAGUUGGAAAGUUUAAAAUCCUCACCUGGGGAGAAUCCCGCAAGUUUGUUUUUAAAAAAGAUUAUUGGUGCUAGUAAAUCAGAUGUGGUUCUUCAAUCAAGAGGUAUUUCGAGACGAAGGCAAGUCGAAUAUGAAGAAGAGGAUGUUUUGGAUGAAAGUGAUUUGGAGAGAGUUGACACAGGAGAGGAUAAAUUGGGAGGAGAAACCGAGGGUGAAGAUUGGGAUGAAGAUGAGGAUGACGAGUCGUGUAAUGAACAGGAUGCAAAAGAGAUGGAGCACGAUGAUGGUGAAGAACAAGCAACCAAUCUGAAAAGUAAAGAGCUUCAAGAGCAAAUGAGUGAGGGAGAUUCAACACCAAAGACCGAAACCAAAGAAUCAAAAGACCCCACCACAGAGCAAUCAUCUUCCACCAAUGCACCACCGCCCCUAAUCAAAAGAUCAAUGCGUAAACAACUACGCUCAAGAAAAGAUGAUCUAAGUGAUUUAUUAUAUGAUCCAUCGUUAGCUGGAGUACAUCAUAAACUGAAGCGUAAACAAAGGUCACUUCCACGACAGCUGGCUUUAGCACGCUACCCUGAUGAGUGUCUUCGACAAGUUGAGUUUUUGGAUUUGCAUAGAAGACAGCAACGAUGGACGCGUGAAAGAAUGCCUGGUGAGCAUGCAAGGUAUCCUAUGCCUUCAUCAAUGGCUUUGGAUUUGAGGGAAAAAAAUAAACUGGUCAUUGAAGCAUCAAGGGCAUUAGCUUCGAAGAAUGUAUGUGAUUUGAUUACCAUGGAGGCUAAGGGAAAGGUCAAAAGGCGGUCUUGUGAAUAA